AUGAACUUGGAAAACGACCAGGUAUGGAAAGGACAACAGUCAAUUCAGUGGCUGUAGGUAUUACGCAAACAGACCUUGAAUCUUCCAUGCCCGACAGUCCGGAGAUUCGCUUGUACUUGGAUGCAAAAAAGAAUGCUUGCAGUGUAGAAAGGCGUCUAGGAAGGGUGGAUGACAUAGCAAACAUUGUGACAUUUGUUGCGUCUGAGAGGAGUCGAUGGAUUUCAGGCAGUGUGAUCUGUGCC